AUGUUCCUUGCUCCUCGCCUCCAGGAAGCCCGUACCACGUAUCGCCGGAUCCUCUCCGAAUCGGCCCGGAAGCUCAACACCCAAGGCUCCCAGUUGGGCAACUGCAUCGAGAAAGCUCGACCCUACUACGAAGCCCGCCGCCUCGCCAAGGAGCUUUGUCAGCAAGCCGAAGCCAAGGUCCAAGCCCUCCAGAAGUCCCUCAAGCGCGUCAUCGUUAAGAGCAAGCCUUAUUUCGAGCUGAAAGCCCAGUUCAACCAGAUCCUCGAGGAGCACAAGGCCAAGGUGACGGCGCUGGAGCGGUUGGUGUCGCAAGCCAAGACUCGUUAUUCGGUGGCCUUGCGUAACCUGGAGCAGAUCAGCGAACAGAUCCACGCUCGACGUCUUCAACGCCUCAUCGUGCGUCGAGCUUCGCCGGUGGGAGCCGAAGCCAGUCCCCAACACGCCG